AUGAUCCUGCUAGAGUCUCAUAAUGUCAUUAUCCAGAAUACCCUGAACGACAAACUUGUCAAACCUACCUCUUUGGAUGUGCAGUUCGUGGACUAUGAUGGAGUGCGGUUCCACCUAUCGACGCCGGAGAAGAAGACGCAGCUCCUGCUCUCCAUGAGCAUCAGGUGCUGGGACGAACUUGUGCAGUAUGGUGCCCUCGAUGUGCUAGGAAGAGAAUAUGGAUCACUCCUACUCCCUCAAGCGGAACCCGAGUACAACGUGAGCAUGGCUAUCGACCUUGAGCAAGUACCAACAGAGCCAGAGGCUCGCGAUGCAUUUAUCAUGUCCAUCGCAUUGUUCAAGCGACACGCCCUUGCUGCUCCAUUUGAACUCGCCUUCAAGACCCAGAAGGAACUCGAAUCUAGUGGAAGUGGACAAGGCGAACUGAUGACCAUCCAUUAUCGCGACGAGGAGGCAAUCUACAUCCAAGCCGCGCACGAUCGUGUAACUGUCAUCUUCUCCACCGUCUUCCAAGAAGAGACCGAUCGUAUCUUUGGGAAGGUCUUCCUGCAGGAAUUUGUGGAUGCUAGGCGGCAACCCUCCAUUCAGAACGCGCCCCAAGUACUUUACUCGAGCAGGGAUCCUCCUCUUGAAAUCAGAAACGUCCCCGGCUUGCGCAUUGGAGAUGAUGUCGGCUAUGUGACCUUCGUUUUGUUCCCCCGCCACUUUGGCAAUCCUACCGUUGCCGCGGCCUCCAUUUCCCACAUCCAACUCUUCCGCGACUACCUCCACUACCACAUCAAAUGCUCAAAGGCAUACAUGCAUUCUCGAAUGAGGCAUCGUGUGACUGAAUUCCAGAAGAUCUUGAAUCGAGCGAAGACUGAAGUUGCGACUGGCGAACGUAAGACCGUUAGUGGUAGGACUAUGGUUUCUCGAUGAGGAGCCGAUUAGCAUGUACACCCCAAGUAUUUUGCGUACUUCCC